AUGGGCAAGACAACUUCCACGAUCGGCGUCCCGAUCAAGCUUCUUCAUGAAGCUCAGGGCCACAUCGUUACCGUCGAAAUUAACACCGGCGACACCUACCGUGGCAAGCUCAUUGAGUCCGAGGACGCCAUGAACGUCCAGCUCAAGGACGUCUCCCUGACCGCUCGCAAUGGCAAGGUUUCGCACCUCGACGAGAUCUAUAUCCGGGGCUCUAAUGUGGUCUUUUUCAUCAUUCCCGACAUGUUACGGUAUGCCCCCUUCACUUGUGGUCGUCAUUUGCGACAGGCCCAAGAGCCGCAGACUGACCAGGAAACCGCCAACAGCAAUGCACCUAUGUUCCGCGCUCGCGGACAGCGUGGCCGCGGUGUCGGUUUGGCCCGUGGCCGGGCUACGGUCCAGCGUGCCCGUGGUGGCCGCCGUGGUUAA